AUGAAAUAUUUCUGGACGAGUUCCGGCCGGGACCUUGUCAUCUGCUUUCAACAUGGCGUCCUUACUGCUACUCAUAAACAAGGGAUAAACCUCUACUCCUGUUGCUGCACUUAUCUUUUAAUUUCUUUACCAUCACUCUAUCUUUCUCUUCCCCACUCUCUCCCUCUCUCUCUCUCUCUGUCUCUCUCUCUCUCUCUCUUUCUCUCUCUUAUACACUCUUCCUUUUUUUCACCUGAUACUGACUCGUUCUCCUUUUCUCAGCUUUCGUCGUCUCAUUUGCGAACUUAUAAUUUUCUAUUAUCCCGUAUGUUUCUUUGUUUUAUUACUGAAGUUUUCUUUGCUUUUUCAGUUUCUUUACUUUCAAGGUUUCUGCUCUUUUCUUGUUUCUUUCUUUCUUUUUAUUAUUCUCUAUGUCCUUUCUUAAGACUUUUCUUCUUUCUUACCUUUUCAUUUCAGACAUUAUCUUUUAUUGCAUCUGUAAAAAAAAGUUCGUAA